AUGGCGGGCUCACGUUUGCAGGCGGGCAAGCCGGGCCGCAAGAACGUGGGCAACACGGCGGAGUGCUUGACUUUCGAGGAGGCCCCGGACGUGCCGGACGAAGUGCGGCGCUACCAGAGCGCCAACCUGCAGCAGGAGGCCGGCCGCACGUACAAGCACUUCGGGUCCUUCUUCGACCGCGUCCCGGAGGGUCCCUUCGGGGUCAACACGGAGCAGCACCCGGACGACACGGUGAGCAACGUCAUCAAGCAGGGCCGGCAAGGCAUGGUGGGGCAGGUGCAGGACGAGAUCGGCGAGGCCGUCUACGAGACGCGCCGCCGGGAGCCGCUCGGGCGCAGCAUGGUGCGGGGCCACGAGCUCCCGGACGGCAUGGGGUCGGAGGUGCCGUUCGGGCGUCCGCUGGGCGCCAAGGAGCUGGACCGUCAGGGCCAGGUGCGCGAGGUGAUGGAGGCGACGAAGACGGGCGAGGACGACGAGUCGGUGCGGCAGAUGUACGUGCGCACGCACGGCGACUACGCCCCCGGGGAGCAGCGGCGGCGCGGGUACAACUGGGGGGGCGUGGACCCUGACAGCAACGUGUUUGGGCGGCCGGGCGCGAAGAAGGACCCGAUGGAGAUGAAGAAGAUCAUGUCGUACCCGCAGGGCCCGUCCGUGGUGAGCCGCACGCUGGCCGACUACAAGCUGGGCAACGAGCCCGAGCUGGGCCGCGUGCGCACCCUGGGCUUCGGCGACCGUGAGACGGUCAUGUCCGGGACCGCCGCGGGCGUGCCGAGCCUGCACCCGAAGAUGCCCGCGGAGCCCGGCGUGGAGGUGCUCCUGCGGCACCAGUACAGCGGCGGCGGCUGCGAGCCGGACCCGGACCUGGGCCGCUCGCUGCGGCCGGGGUACCGCAACAUCGUGGAGGACCCGGACAAGGUGUUCGGCGUGCCGACGGUGCGCACGGACCUGCCGAUGCCGCAGCCCGGGUCGCGGUCGGUGGCGGACGCGCAGAACUACGGCAACGAGCCGGACGCGGCGGCGCUGCUGUUCCCGGCGGGGUUCGUGAGCGACGACAUCCUGACGCAGCCGAUCUCGCUGGAGGAGGCGAAGGAGCUGUGCGACGCGGCGGGCGUGCAGAUCGAGGAGGCGGUGGCGGCGCGCGCCUGGGAGGAGGGGGCGCGGACACACCCCGGGGGACAGUGCACCUUCGGCGCGUUCCUGCGCAUGAAGGAGAAGAUCGAGCUCGGCAGGUGA